AUGGACCAGAUUCAAAAGUUGAUCCCAAAGCCCAUGGAGGGUAUCAAGCGUAACUACCAGCACUUCCUCGAGGACUACACCGUCUACGAUUACAUCCGCAUCAUCACAAUCAUCGGCGCAUACUGCCUCCUCCGUCCCUACCUCCUCAAAAUCGGCGCCAAAAUCCAAGAAAAAGACCACGAACGCGCCGUGGCCGCCGACGAAGCAAACUCGAUCGCAGCGGUGGACAACCCGCACCUACGUGGCGAGGACAGCGAAGACGAGGCACCGAGAAAAUGGGGAGCGAAGCAGAGGAAGAGGGAGAAGGAGAGAGUUGUGCCGUUGAGGGAGGAUUCGGAGGAUGAGGAUGAGGUGUUGUUGAGGCAGUACACUGAUACGAAUUAGUAAGCGGUUGCAAGGGGAC